CAGCAAAGCACGGCAGAUCGAUUUGAUUCGAUGGACCCCUUGUGGGCGCGAUUUGAUUCGAUAGACCUCAUGUGGGUGAUGUGAUGAGAAUCAUGCGGCGUGAUUAGACCAUUAUCGAGUUCAGAAACAAAACCGCUAGUAUUACACAGAAUGCGUGGCGGCAAGGGUGCAUUGAUUCGGGGAGCAGAGCAAUUUUUUUAGCAGUCGUAGAGCAGAGCAGAGCAGAUUGGCGCAAUCCCAGUAGUAGUCUAAGAGAGUCUGACUGAAAAUUGUUUCUCCCAAAAAUUUGUGGAUGAAAUGUUUUUUGUUGCAGACCGGUAGCAGGCUGAUCAGUGUGGUCAUGGGCAGGAUUUCAACACCUCCGAUGUCAUGUGGUGGUUUCGAUAUUGAAGACUUAAGGCCCAUCUUACAAAUUCGAAAUACCUGGUAGUGUUUCAUACUGCACGUACACAAACUGUACGGUCUAUCCGGAGCGCCGAAGGCGGAGACGAUGCACUGUUAGUCAAGGUCAUUGCGAACAGAACUCGAGUCCUUUUCAAAUUGAACGGAGAUCACCCAAAAUUCUGUGCAGAUCACAGUUGUCAAUGGAAGAUCCUUCUGUGGAGGAGGGGUCCUCGACAACUCGACCUUAUUCGGCAGGAUCUCCAUGGGUGUUCAAAGGACGAGCUCUGUACCAACUGCAUGUGGUGAAAGCUGACGUUGCCCGCAAGGUCAUACCGAAGGAGUUGAAAUUGGUGGAAGCGUUCGGGUUCACUUUGGGAGGAUUCUUCCUUGCACAUUACGAUGGCAGUCCAGCGGGACAGUUUGACGAAGCGGUGAUAAUACCUGGGAUCGUCUGGAACCCACCCACCUCGUGCGCCUGGGCUGGCAGAGUCCUCGUGGGAAGUGAAGAAGCUCGCGAUCAUGGCAGGAAGGAAGUGGGCCUGCCUAGUUUUGCAGCUCAAUUUGCAUACUCAUCUAUUCGAGAGGACGCAGCACCUUUUGCCUGGUGGGACGUAAGGCGUUGGCUAAAUAAAGGUGGAAAACCUUCGUCGAUUAUCAAGCAUUCCAUGCAUCUUGUGCAGAAAGAACGUGGUGUCAGCUCUCCUCUCUGUUCGAUGCAUGGUCUUCCUGAAAGACUGACAAGCUCAGACAAGGACCACCGGCGAUGGUCGGGACCCUCUGUGCAGCUCUACCUGCCGAAUUUCAGCGGCAAGACUAAGGAGCAACCUCAUCUACUCAAGUAUUCUUGUCGGCUCAAUUGUAACGUCAGCGCCGUGGCUCCUGUAAAGAUUGCUCCUCCGAGCAACGCUGAGAAAAUCAACGACGAUACGAAUGACGUCCUGGCUGUCUUGACAGGAAAACCUCUAGUUUCCAUCUUCUUCGACCACAUGGUCAUGAGUGUGGAAGCACCCACUAUUGUGAGUAUGAAAGAGAUGGACGACGUGCAAGCUGUGACCUCUAGUCAAGUUCCCGCUGCUCCAAGCGCAUCUGCGUCGUGAAAAACUUUCUGUCAGCCGGAGAAGGACAAGACGUUGCUGCACUCUGCCUAGAGCCAUAAUUGCGUUAAAAGUGCACGCGUUUUAUUGUAUAGAUGCAUAGGUUGAUGUUUCGGAUCUAAGCAUGCUUCUCAAGUCCAAUGAAGACCGGGUGGAGUACCUUUAGCCGCAUAUAAAACCUGUCGUACAAUGGUAGGUUGACUGCGCUGUGGUUGCAGCCACACAGGGAUUGUAGUGUACUCAUUAGAGCCACAAUUCUAUGAUUUGAAGGGGAACAACCCGUGAAUAAGAUCCAUGCAGCCUUGCUGAAGGAUACGACUACAUCGGUAAAAUGUGUAAUGUGUGUGCUAAGAGCAUCUAUUUUGCUGAUUACUUCAAAUUACGUUAUAGAAAAGGUCCGCGGACCUCAAAUGAGUUUGGCAGCAAACUUGAAUUUCACAUGCUGGAGUUUUACAACAGAUUGCAAUUAUGGAAAUGUCAAAUUUGCGUGUCUUGUGACUAUGC